GACGCUAUUGGGCGCGGUGGAAGCGCCGCCGCCCUCGCCCAGCCCGGCCUCUUGCCUACCUGCGCGUUCGCCACCCGCUCCGGCAGCGCGGGACACUGCUCGGGAUCAAUACCCUCUAUGGCCGCCUGCGCAUGUGCAACGUCCAAUUCUCCGCAUGCCUGGCCCGCAAAUGCAUCAUCACCUCCACUCGCCCGCUAGUAUAAGAAGCGCUCUAUCCCCCUUCGCUUCCCUCACGCGCUCACAUACGCCCCUUCGCUCGGCAACGCGCCCCCCUUCACUCCGCCAUGGACAUGAGGGAAGAAGACGACAAGAAGGCGCCCGCCUCUGGCGUUGUCGACGUCGAGAAGCUCGGCUCGGACACCUCCAUCGACAAGCUCCCCGACGAUGCUUCCGAUGAGAUCCGUCUCCAGAAGGCCAACGAGCUCGCUGAGCGUAUCGCUGCUGGCGAGGGUACCGAGGCAGACUACAAGGUCGAGAACGCCCACGACGUCGCCGUCAAGGUCCUCUCUACCCGCGAUGACUACGAGCUCCCGGUUGUCACCUUCCGCAUGCUCUUCCUCGGUCUCGGCUUCUCUGCCUUUGGCUCCGUCCUUGCUCAGCUCUACUACUUCAAGCCGCAGACACUCAAUGUCUCCCAAGGCUUCCUCCUCAUCAUGAUCUACUUUGUCGGCAAGGCAUGGGAGAAGGUCGUCCCCUCUUGGGGUCCCCUUCGCUUCAUCAACCCCGGCCCCUUCAACAUCAAGGAGCACGCCGCCGCGCUCAUCAUGGCCUACACCGCCUCCGGCUCCGCGACUGCCAUCCAGGUCAUCUCCGUCCAGGACCUCUACUACGGCAACGAGGUCAACCCGGGCAUCGCCAUCUUCACCCUGCUCGCCUCCCAGCUCGUCGGCUACGCCUUCGCCGGCCUCCUCCAAGAGGCGCUCGUCUACCCGUCCAUCGCGUACUGGCCGACGACGAUCGUGCCCGCGAACAUGUUCCAGGCGCUGCACUUCGACGGCGGCCUCGGCUCGAAGCGCACGCGCAUGUUCUGGGGCCUCUUCGCGAUCAUCUUCGUGUGGGAGAUCAUCCCGCAGUGGAUCUUCCCCCUCCUCACCGGCGUGAGCAUCUUCUGCCUCAUCGACCAGUCGCACCACCCCAUCCGCAACGUCUUCGGCGGGUCGAACAACAACGAGGGCAUGGGUCUCUUUGCGCUCUGCUUCGACUGGAACCUCAUCGGCUCGGCAUGCCUGUACAACCCGCUGUGGACGCAGCUCAACGAGAACAUCGGUAUCCUCCUCACGUACAUCCUCAUGUCCGCGGUCUACUACGGCAACGUCUGGCACGGGCUCGACUUCCCGUUCAUGAGCCAGGCGCUCUUCACUGCCGACGGCGGCGAGUACAACCAGUCCGCCAUCCUCACGAACAACGUCUUCGACCCGGAGAAGUACGCCGAGAUCGGGCCCGCGUACUUCUCGGCGACGAACGUGCUGAACCUCAUCACGUCCAACCUCGCGAUGAGCGCGACCGCCGUGCACGUCUUCCUCUUCUACUGGGACGAGAUCAAGCCCUUCUUCCUCUCGCUCAACCCGUGGUCCAAGGCCGCGCCGCCCGUGCACGACGAGCACUACACCGCCAUGAAGCGCUACGCGCGCAUCCCGCGCUGGUGGUGGGCCGGCCUCCUCGCCGUCGCCUACGCCAUGGCCCAAGCGACGGACUACACCGGCCACUCGCACUUCACCUGGUGGCAGCUCACCGUCAUCCUCAUCAUCUCCCUCUUCUUCACGACCGUCUACUGCACCACCUCCGCGCUCCUCGGCUUCAAGGAGUUCAACGGGCAGCUGAACGGCUUCUACCAGAUGAUCGGCUCGUACAUGGUCCCCGGCGACCCGAUCGCGAACAUGUACGCCGCGCUCUACGGCGGGCAGCCGACCGUGCAGGGCAUCAAGCUCCUCGGCGACCUCAAGCUCGGGCAGUACGUCAAGAUCCCCCCGCGCGUCAACUUCCUCGUCCAGAUCCUCGGCUGCAUCGUCGGCGCGGUCCUCAACUACGUCAUGAUGCUCUCCGUCAUCCGCGAGCAGCGGCCCGCGCUCCUCUCCAUCUCCGGCACGCGCCUCUGGUCGGGCCAGAACGCGCAGAGCUACAACUUCAACGCGAUCGCGUGGGGCGCGCUCGGCCGCGAGAUGUUCUCGCCCGGCAAGACGUACUACAUCGUGCCCAUCGCGCUCGCUAUUGGCCUGGUCCUCCCGAUCCCGGGAUACAUCCUGCACAGGAUGUACCCCGAGAACAGCAUCUUUGCGAACAUCAACACGGGCAUCAUCGUCCAGUACUCGAGCGACCUCAGCAUCGGCAUCAACACCAGCGUCAACACCGCCAUGGCCCUCGGCGUGCUCUCCCAGUGGUGGUUCCGCCAGCGGCAUCCGCGGUGGUUCACCAAGUACAACUACAUCGUCGCCGGCGCGCUCGACGGCGGCACGCAGGUCAUCUCCUUCAUCCUCAACCUCGCCGUCUUCGGCGCCGUCGGCGAGGCGCACGAGUUCCCCGAGUGGUGGGGGAACUCGCUCAAGUAUAGCUCGGACCGGUGUUUGUUGCCGGAGUGAGGUGGCUGGUUGUUGGUGGUUGAGGAGCCCGAGUAGACACGUCGGAGGUCAGAGGUGGCUGGCGCGUUUUGCUCGGUGUGUGGGGAGAGGGAAGAGUGUGGAGCUUGAGGGGAGGAUGUGGAUGUCUCGCUUGCGGAAAAUGGAGGAUGUGGUAUUUAUGAGGGCGUCGGGUGGGGCCGACGCGGUGGGUCUCCUUUGACGGGACGCCUGCGGUUUAUACAGUACUUACUGACUUUCAUGUAUUGCUCGACGGCGGACACGCGAGCCGUGUACAGUAGAUGCCAUAAUUAUAACGAGGAUAACACGCAGAA